AUGAUCGAAGGGAACUUCUCAUGCGAGGCGAUUUUCAAUCUGUUUAGAUAUUCUGGAAAUCUAAAUCCCAAUGCUUCUUAUCUCUCUGCCUCGUCUUCAAUCGUCAAAUACCGGAGGGUUAUGGGAAAUAUUGUUGCGAAUCGUUCUCUCUUUUCCUCGUCUUACAUCGGCCACUACCCAAGGAAUGAGUUUACAGAAGAUUAUCUUGUAGAAAUUCUUGAGAAGAAGAUUGAGUUAGCUGAGAGCAAAGGUGUGGGUAAAGCUGUGAUUGAAGGGGGAAUCCAUGCAACCAUAGUCAAAAUGGGGCUGAAAUCUGAUCGAAUUAAAGGCAAAUUGAUCAGAUUUGUAGGUGCUUUGGGAUAUACAUCAGCAGCUGAGACUCUCUUCUUAGAAUGUUCAACUUUUGCUGGUGUUGGAGUUUGCAAUGCCCUCAUUGCAGCUCUAGGCAUUGGAGGAAGAGGAGCUGAAGCCAUAAACGUUCUCCACCAUAUGCCAAAUAAGUUGGUCAAAACAGAGACUACCUAUUGGAAUGUUCUUGUUGCAUGCAGCCAUUCUGGAGAGGCAAAAGCGGCCAACUACAUUCUGGGUAAGAUCUACAAAAAGCUCUCAAUGGAACCAGCCAUACAUCAUGUUGGCACUUAUAUAGAUGCGUUAGCAAGGAAGGGGGAACUUGUUCAUGCGGUUAGGGAAGUCAAGUGCUUAUUGUACACACCAAACAGGGAGAUCAUAGUAAGCAUUCUUGGUAGGUGCCAGCCAACUUUUUUUGAUGAGCCUGAGGUUGCCAAAGCGUUUGCCAAAUACUUGGAGUCUAAAGGAAUUUCCUACAGAAUUCAAAAGUCGUUGUACAGGGAACUUGGAGCAAUUGGGGUACAGUGGGGAUCAAACGUGAAGAUUCUUAGACAGAGGAGGAUAGGAGGUUCCUCUCCAAAUUAG